CACACCAAAUACCAAUUUCUAAGUCAUUCUGAUAUGGUCAAUGUUGUACAUCAGCACUCUGCUGAAAAUAAUUGGCUGAAACUCAAGGGUCUUAAUGAUGCAGGAAGGGUCUUGCAUAUACUGACACAACUAGAUGACUAUAAGUCACUUAUUAUGGUGCUUUUGGAGAACAAUAUCCCACGUCUUCAGCAUAUCCUGACAGUUACACUUAAGAGAGGAUCAAGCAUCCAGCAGAUAAUCAAUACUCUUGAAGAUUCUCUUGCUGGUGCUUACCAUCCAUGA